UGUGUUUUCACUACUACUGUGUAAAAAAGCAUGGGGUAAAUGCAGAGGUCAAAUUAAGUAUCACUAAUUGGUCAGUGUGCAAAAUAACUAUUUCUAAUUCAUGAUGGUGAGGCUGCACAUCACUAAAUAUACCACCAGGUGUCACCCGUUUCAUAAAAUUGGUGGUGAGUGUUCAAGUGUUUAUGUGCAAAACAACAUUAUCACAAGAAUCCACCAGUCCUUUAUACAGUCAUAUUUAGCAUUUAGCAUUUGUGUGUGAGGCCAUACUAAGAUCUACUUCUUUGAAGUCAGCUAUCCUUCUGUCAUACAUCAUCAUCCCUGACACUCGUCUUCACACACUCCACCCUUCCUACACUGUCUUCUUCACCUCUCUUGUGCAGUAGUUUAAACAUCCACUUGUGCUACCUCUUCUCCCCGUAUCUUCACCAUGCCACCUGUCAUUCACACACAGGUAUUAUCUUAAUCUCUCAUCACAUCUCAGGCACGUUAAUCUAAAAUCACUCAUAACAUUUCCACAGGAGGAGAACAUGCAUAUAUUUUUGUCUCCUUUGGUUGAUUUAGUAUAGUGGCAAAAGCAGCAUGACUCACUGAGUUUGAACAAAACCCAGGGCAGGCUGAACCAAUUACUUGGGCCUUUAUGUCCUUUGGUUUUGGUAACUAUCUGUUACAGCUCAGCUGUUUUUAUCACAAAGUAAAGCUUGACAUAUCAUUUAUUUUUGCUGUUUGUUCAGUAAUAUUGAACAGCCAACACAUAUAUAGUUGUGUUGGCUGUCCCUUUUUCCUCAACCAGUCUGAAGAGAUGUCGCAAUGAUGACUGCUUUUACCAUGUUUUGUCUGCACUAUGCGAAUCACAGAGCAACACAGUGAGUGGGUAGACUGAAAUGAAUGGAAAAAAUGAAAAGAAGCGGAGAAAGACAGAGAAAGAGGGGUGGAUCCUCCAGAGAGAUGAGUGUAGGGAGUCAACAGUAUCACAGCAGAGGAGAACUGAAAGCUUCUUUCCAUCUUGAGACUUUUGUCAUGAAGAGCUAGGAGGAUUCUUCAUCUCUGAUGAUUCUAUAGCCACGUCAGGACCUUCAUGUGAUAGUUCUGACAAACCAGCCAACAUGGACCACAUGAAUAGAAGUAAACUGCAACAUAUACGACAGACACACCAGGUUCUACAGAGUACUCCUUUAGACCUCAUUGAGACUGGCAAGUCCUUGAAAGUCCAGGCAGAGCGUCCCCACCUGGUCAGUCUGGGAAGUGGUCGACUGAGUACAGCGAUCACUUUGUUACCACUGUUGGAAGGAAGAACCACACUGGGCAGUGAGGGGUCAGACAUCCCUCUGCAGGGUCCUGGUAUUGCAGCACAGCAUUGCUACAUUGAAAAGGAGGCAAGCAUUUUCACCUUGUACCCAUGUGGAAACCAGUGUUCUGUGGAUGGCCUCACCAUGACCAAACCGUAUCGCCUGACACAAGGGUGCAUGCUGUGUUUUGGCAAGUCAGCCCUUUUCCGCUUUAACCAUCCAGAAGAGGCCAUAAGGAUGAAGAGCAUGCUCCCUGGAGGAAACCAGGAACUACUUUCUGCAAAAACUAUGCCUACUGACUCGCAUGGUGAAAAUGGAAACUAUCAGUCUUUUUCAAGCAACACUAAUCCUAAAAUCAACAACAUUGCAAAGAGCCUCCAGGACUCCUUGAUUCUAAAACCACCAUCAUCAGGAUCUGGGAUACAGGCUGUUCCUCAGCCCUCUCCUCCAAACAUGUUUAAUGGAAGAAACAGCUCCAUGAGAGAGGACUCAGUUUUUGAAAACUCUUGGGGCCAGAACUUUAGCAACAAUACCACUCCAUUCCCUUUCCGGUCUAUCCAAACUCCUGUCCCCAAUCCUCGGACCUCACUGUCUCUUGCCUCAAGCAGUCAUAGCAGUGGACAGAAGGCCCGGGAGAGCCCAAACCUGCUUAGGAACUUAAGGUCAAGCCCCACACCACCUAGUACAGUGUUAGGACACGGCGCAGAAAACUCUGGCCAAACUCAUAAAUCAUCGUCAGUGACAGAGAAGGGUCAGUAUGUAUCUGAAACAGAUGUCCCUCAACAGCUCAGAACCAUGGAGCUGCUUGGGCCCCCCAGCAUGAGAGAACUUCCUCCUCUCUGCAGAGGGACUGCAGCAUCGCUGCGCCCAAAUUCCUCACAAGGCCUCCCUGCCAAGCCUGUCCCUGAGAGCCCACAGAUCCACCGUAAACUCACAACACAAGGAGAAGCUCUGUUGGCGACGUAUGACCACACGCCGCCACUUUCUCAGCCGUCUCUUACGUCUCCACUUGCAAGCCCUAGUAGCCAAAGAAAAAAGUCCUGUUUGACAGUGACAGAAUUCUCCACCAAGCAACACAAUCUCACAAAGCUAUAUACACGUGAACACAAGAACAGUAUCUCUGAGAUUAGUGACAAUGAGGACGAGCUGCUGGAAUAUCAUCGCUGGCAGAGAGAGGAGAGGCUACGAGAACAGGAAAUGGAAAAACUGGAGCGUCAGAGGCUGGAGAACAUCCUGAAUUUGUGUGCAGAGUAUAAUCAAGAGGGCAGUUCUAUGGAGCUGGCUGAGGUGGUGAGGAGGGGGCUGCUGGGACGUGCUGCAGGAUCCUGCUCACACACAGCAGACGGGAUGUUCCUUCAGAGUGUAGACAGUCUGCAGGGGGUGAGACGGAAUGAUGAGGACACCCAGAGAGAGGAGUCCAGCAGCACAGAGAGCACACAUCAGGAGUGUGAUGAGCUAUUGGCAGGACAUGAGCAGGUCUACCUGCAGGAGGAGAGGAACAGGAUCCUAGGCAGGGUUGAUGACUUGAAGCACAGAGUCAGUGAUUUGGAGCAGCGGCUACAAGAGACCAAACGCGAGGCGGAAAUGGAACAAGCCCUGCUGCAGACAGAGACACAGGCAGAGCAGGAACAGGUGGAGGCUGAAAAUGAAACUAUCGCUCAGCUGCAGUUAAAACUCAACCAGCUGGACAAGGCCGUCCAGAAGAAGAAGGAUGAGGGCAGGGCUAAUGUGUCAGCUGAGCGGAAGGUCCUGGAAAAGCAGAGGAAUGAAUACAAUGAGCUGAAGAGGGAGUUUGAUAAGUGCCCCUUGUCUCUAAGAGAACAGUUACAGGAGCAGCUCAGCAGGAAAGCUGAAACACUGGAGUGGGGGACCAAGCAGUUUGAAGAGCUGGAGUUCUGUCAGCUGGAGGUGGAGAGCAGUUUGGAGGAGAAGAAGGAGAAGCAGAGCUUGCAGUUUCUCCAACAGCGAGCCGAGUAUCACUGCAGCAUGGCCAAGAGGAAGGAGAAGAUGGCAGCUCUGGAAGCUCAAAUGCAGCAGUUGGGGUUACAGGCAGCACAAGACUGUGAAAGAAUGGUUAAAGACAGGACACUGACUCUGCAGCUUUUACAGAAGGAACAAAACAGGUUGUGUACUCUGGAGAAGAGAUGCCACGCUUGGACUGGAGAGAGCAAUUUCCCAAAGCCCUGCAACAGCAGCCGCAUGAAAGAGGAAUUGCUUCACAUCAGCGAACCUGACCUUGUUUAUGUGGAUGAUGCUGAUAGAUCUUGUCCCUCCUCUGCCUCGUCCUUCUCCUACUCCUCCUCUCAUUUUCCUUCCCCUGCAGUCUGUCCUGUUGGACUGCAAGAGGAGUACCUCAGGCUGUCUGAUGUCUAUAAGAUGUAUGGAAAUGUCUGUAUGCAGCCUCAUUCUUCUUCCCCUGCUGCUCUCCACUGCCCCCUCCCUGCUGUGGCUCCAGCUCUUCCAAGCGAGGACUACAUCACAGUCAGUCAGUUAAGUCAGAUUUUUGGGAUGAAGAGACUGAAUCCCUCAGCUUCUGCCUCUAUUCCAUCAUUCCCACUUGCCUCUGAAUCCUGGCACUCCAAUGCAUGUGGUCCUUCUUCCUUUCUAUCUGCAAAGAGUCAGCCUGAGCUGAGCAGAAAUGCAAUGCCUCCUAUUAUUCUGGAGCGCUGGUACCAGGAUAUCAUGGCUGCUGGAGAGCCUCACUCAUGUCCUCCACCAUUGCCUGCCAAGUCUUUUUCCACACGCAGACAUGGGCAGCUACUUAAGUCCAAAUCAGACUGUGAGGUUGAGCAGAUGGCGUUAUGCUGUCCUGUCAGCAAUGCUGGAUCCCUGUCACACUCCAACUCAACUGCUGUUGAGAAAAAUGAGGUGCCCAAGGGAUUACAGUUAGUGCUGGGAGAGAUGGCAAAUCCAUUAGACAUGGACCCCAGGAGGCAGGUGGUUGUGCAGAGCAAAGAUGUGUUUCCCUCUCCCUCGGCUUAUCACUCCAUCCUGAAUCGUCAGUCACCAUCGGGUGGAAACCAGGCAUAUGACACCCUAAGCCUGGAGAGUUCAGACAGCAUGGAGACCAGUGUCUCCACUGGCAACUCUGCAUGUACCCCAGAAAGCACCUGCGGGUUAGAGGCCCAUAGGAUAGAAGAGAUGGAGAGGAUGUUGAAGGAAGCACAGCAAGAGAAAGCCAGACUGAUUGAGAAACGAGAGAGGGAAGUGCAGGCUCGACGACAGAUGUUGGAGGAGGAGCGGGGGAGGAGAGAGGAAGCCGAGAGGAGGCUUCGGGACGAGGCGGCCCACAGGCAGAGGCUGGUAGAGGAGGAGGUGAAGAUGAGAGAGAAACACUUCUCCCAGGCCCGGCCAAUGACACGUUAUUUGCCCAACCGAAAGGAGGAGUUUGACCUGCGUGCCCAUGUGGAGUCAUCUGGCCACAGCAUAGAUACCUGCCCCUUUGUAAUCCUCACAGAGAAGCUGUGUAAAGGCCACCUGGUAAAGAUGGGCGGUAAAAUCAAAUCAUGGAAGAAACGCUGGUUUGUCUUCGACCGUCUCAAGAGAAACUUCUGCUAUUACAUCGACAAGCAUGAAACCAAGCUGAAAGGACAGAUUUACUUUCAGGCUAUCGAGGAGGUUUAUUAUGAUCAUCUACGCAGUGCCACUAAGAGUCCCAAUCCCUCUUUGACCUUCUGUGUGAAAACCCAUGACCGACUUUACUACAUGGUAGCCCCAUCCCCAGAGGCCAUGAGGAUCUGGAUGGAUGUCAUAGUAACAGGUGCUGAAGGCUACACACAGUUCAUGAGCUGAGGGACCAGCGGGCGACAGAUGAGCGGAGAUGAUGGGAUGGAGCUGCUCCCUUCUAAUUGUGCUGAGGCUGGAGCUGAGAUGGAUGAUACACAGCAAAUGUGUUAUAAUUGGACAUCUGUAUGACAUGAAUGUUUAUAAUUUGUAAGAAGGAUAAAUAGACUGAACAAACUGCCAAAGAAACAAGACCACAUUUAAUACAUUCUGUUAAGGAUGAUAUCCUUUUUGAGGUUUUUAAGAAACACUUUUGUCAUAUAAGCUCAAACUGUUUACACUUCCAAUUUUAUUGAUUUCUGCUUGCAGUGUUAUCACUCUUACUGAUGCCUUUUCCCCUUUUGAUACAUAUGUAGGUUGCUAAACAUUUUUCAGAUUAGAAAAAGAUUUAUAAUAUUUGAAAACACAUUUAAAUAAUGUGUGCCCGCACCUCCAUGCGUGCCUCGAGCUGGAACCCGUUCAUUCACCGCACAGUACUAGUUUAUUUUCGUGGGGAUCGGGCAACGUACGACACAGUUAGAGGGCACUUCCUGUUUGAAAUGGCUGACUUCCUGUUGGGUCAAAGGAGUGUCUGUAAACGUGUUCAGAGAAGUUCCCUUGUCUCACAUAUGAAAGUUUGUGCAGAUCGUACAAUGUUAGACUUCACUUCCUGUUUCGAGCGUUCCACUGCCUGUUGGGAGGUCGUCUUUUACGGACAUGUUCAGGCCAGGUCCCUGGUGUCACAUCCGGUGUAUAAAACAAUCCCUGUUUGAGCAGUAAAUGUCAUAUUGUCUGCUGUCACCAGGGGGCAAUGUUUUCAAAAUUUAAUAUUUUCGUAUAGACAUCUUCA